AUGAAGUUACUUGAUUCUUGGUUACUGAGUUUGGAAGCGUGGGUUUUGAGUGAAUUGCUGUCUACAAAAGCAAAAGAAGAAAAGGAGGUGCCAUUUGGAUUAGACACACUUGCACGCACAACUGUGGUUGCUGUUUUUUUCAUAUGUAGAAUUAGUGGUUUGCAGAAGACUAAAAUGGAGGUUGAGAAAAAACGUUCAAAAGGAGGAUUUCUAAACUUGUUUGAUUGGAAUGGCAAAUCUCGGAAGAAGCUUUUCUCGAGUAAUUCCGAGUCAUCUGGAUUAAAGCAAGGAAAAGAAAAUGUGGAGAGUUUCUCGAAGUCGGGGCUCUAUAGGGUAGAGGGCGAGGAGAGUGGAACAACUUCAAGUAAUAAAGCAAGUAGUGAUUGGCACUAUGCUUCAUCAGUGACUAGUGAUGAGGGAUGUCGGAAUAGAGCCCCUGGUGUAGUUGCUAGAUUAAUGGGUCUGGAUUCGUUGCCAACUUCAACUGUCCCUGAUCAUGACAGGAGCAAUCGUAAUUUGUGGAGCGAUUUUUAUGCCAUGGAGUACAUAAAUGUGCCAAAGAAGCUGGAUGGAUUUUCUUGGAAUCCUGUAGAAUCUAGAGCACAGGGAGUGCAGAACCAACCAAUUGAGAGAUUUCAAACUGAAGUUUUGCCUCCAAAAUCAGCUAAGUCAAUUCCAGUUACUCACCAUAAGCUUUUGUCACCUAUCAAGAGUCCUGGCUUCAUCCCAACAAAAAAUGCGGCUUAUAUAAUGGAGGCAGCCUCAAAGAUCAUUGAGGCAAGUCCUCGAGCAUCUUCCAAGAGCAAAGGGUCAUCUGUAGGGCCUUCUUCAAUUCCCUUGAGAAUUAGGGAUUUGAAAGAGAAGAUGGAAGCUGUGCAAAAAGAAUCCAGACCUGAAAGACCCAAGGAAGCUGGUGACAUUAAGUAUAUGAAAGGACUACCUGGUGAUAGGAUUCAAAAUGGGUCAGAUAAUGUACACUUACCCAAGGCUUCUGUGAACUCAGAAAGACAAAGUUACAGGGAUGGAAGGAAUAAGGGAAAAUCAGUAUCACUUGCGGUACAAGCAAAGGUCAAUGUUCAAAGAAAGGAUGGGUCGAGUUCUUGUAGUAAUAGGAGUUUCAUGAAUCAGAAGGAACAGAAUGAGAUGAAACAAAAUCAAUUUUCUAAGAGCAGGCCAAGUCCACAAAGAGCUGUGCAUAAGAAAACUUCCCCUGACAGCACCAAAAGUGUGCUCAAGCAGAACAACCAGAAGCAGAAUUGUGUAUCUAAUAAAGAUAAAACGACUUCAAAAAAUAUGGUUCCUAAUCCACCUACUAGAAGAAUGCGGUCAACUAAUGGCUCUAGUAGGCCAGGUAAGACUGUAAGUAAGGUUCUUGUAAACUCUGAAACUGGAUCUGGAAAGAUGGGCACAAUGGGAAAUGCUACUGGAAAGGAGUUUUCUUUAUCCACAAUGAAGAAAGUCUCUGGAAAGUUAAGGUCUGUUGGCCAGGAUGUUCACUUAGAAGAAGCCGUUUCUGAUAAUGCAUUUAUCAGUGAAGAUGAAAGGUCAGUAAAAUGUAAUGUUUCAAUGGAUGGGUGCACCAGUUUGGGCGCAGAUAAUAGGAAACAAGCCAUGGAUGUUGUUUCGUUUACGUUCACGUCUCCCCUGAAAAGAUCCAUCUCUGAAUUGCAGUCCUCUGGUCAAGUCAUGAGUAGAAACAACAGCUUUUAUAUUGAUUCUUUUGGUAACAACGAUCAGCAGCGCUACCCAGAGAAUUUCACAUUAUAUUCACCUGGGUUCAACAUGAUUGGUGGUGAUGCCCUGAGUGUCCUUUUGGAACAAAAGCUUCAAGAGUUGUCAUGUAAAGUCGAGUCGUCUCAGUGUAACCCAACCAGUGAAGAGACUUCUGCAGCUGCUAGUUAUUCAUCUGGCUUGCAAGAUAUGGCUUCUGGUGUGGCUAGUACCGCAUCAAGAGGCAAGAAGUUCGAACUCAGUUUGCGCAGAGAUGAAUUUGACAGCAUAAACCACUAUGGUUGCUUGUUGUUGGUUGAUGUGAACCAGCAGUGGAAGGGAUCAGAAGGGAUGGAAGAGUGUAGCAGUAGCAGCAUAACCAGUGCAAAUGGAAAAGAAUUUGAUUAUCAGAAUCUUAGUCCACUUUCAGCCCCCUCGUUUGAGAGUCGAAGCUGCACAGAUAACAGAAAUAGUGCCAAUGGCAGUGACAGUGAGAUAUGUUCAUUGGCUCAAGCUCAAAAUCAAAUGGAUUUAUUCUCUUCAUAUGAAACCCUACCAGCAUAUAAUGUUUCAGAGUUGUUUGACUCAGCCUCUUCUGCUUCCACAGGGGAAGUGAGUGGAAAGAAUAUGACUAGAAUUUUGGGUUCCCAUUAUCUUAAUCGAACAAACAAUUGGGAACUGGAAUAUGUGAGAUACAUCCUUAGCAAUGUAGAUUUAGAGAUGGAAGAUUUUGCGCUGGGUGAUGCUCAGACUGUCAUUACCCCAAGUCUUUUUUAUCAUUUGGGGGAUCAAGAAGAGUAUCCGAAGCUCCAGCGGAAGAUUGUAUUUGACUGUGUAAAUGAAAGCCUGCAGUUCAGAUGCGAGCAAUUUUUUGUCGGAAGCCACAAAGCAUGGGAUAAAUGGGCAGCAUUGUCUCAGAGGAAUGGAUGGUUAGCUGAGGAAUUGUACAAAGAUAUUCUGGGUUGGAAAAAUAUGGCAGAAUUGCAUGUGGAUGAGCUUGUGGACAAGGACAUGAGCACCCAGCGUGGGAGAUGGCUUGACUUCGACAUUGAAACAUUUGAGGAGGGUCUAGAGAUUGAGAAGGAGAUACUAAAUUCUUUGGUUGAUGAGUUGGUGUCUGAUUUUUAG